AUGACAUCUCCAUAUAAUCGUGUGGCACAGCCUCAAUUGAAAGAAAAUGGUAAUGGAUGUUGGAAUGAAAAUAGGUUGGGUGUGAGAGAUGAAUUAUAUAACAGAAAAUAUUAUAGAAACUGAAUUGAUGAGAAUUGCGAAUAUGAUGAAGAAGAUAAGUGUGAUAAAUAUGAUGAAAGUGAUGAGUAUGACGAAAGAAGUGAGUGCGAUGAAAGAAAUGAAUGCGGAGAUGAGAUAAACGAAUGUGGAGAUGAGAAAUACGAAUGUGAUGAUAAGAGAAAUGAAUGCAGAGAUGAGAGAAACGAAUGCGGAGAUGAGAGAAACGAAUGUGAUGAUAAAAGAAACGAAUGUGAUGAUAAAAGAAACGAAUGCGGAGAUGAAAUAAACAAAUGCGGAGAUGAGAGAAACGAAUGCGGAGAUGAGAGAAACGAAUAUGAUGAUAAGCGAAACGAAUGUGAUGAUAAAAGAAACGAAUAUGAUGAUAAGAGAAACGAAUGCGGAGACGAUUGAAGCGAAUGUGGAGAUGAGAAAAACGAAUAUGAUGAUAAGAGAAACGAAUGCGGAUAUGAGAGAAACGAAUGUGAUGAUAAGAGAAACGAAUGCGGAGAUGAGAGAAGUGAGUGUGGAGAUGAGAGAAACGAAUAUGAUGAUAAGAGAAACGGAUAUGAUGAUAAGAGAAAUGAAUGUGGAGAUGAGAGAAACGAAUAUGAUGAUAAGAGAAACGGAUGCGGAGAUGGGAGAAACGAAUAUGAUGAUAAGAGAAACGAAUGCGGAGAUGAGAGAAGCGAUGAGCAUACAAUCAUUUUCAAAUCCAUAAAAUCUAAUAAAUAA